AUGUCGAAACAUUUCGAUCAAUGGAAACACGAUGCACUCGCAGUUGACAAAGAAGAUCUCUCACGGAAACAUUCAAUCGAUGAUUAUAUCGUCAAUCUAAUCAAUCAAAUUAAUAGUCAUAAUGAUUAUUACACAAGUUCUUCGUGCUCAGGCCGAACAAUUGUCUUCACUUCAUCACCGACUGUCACGUCCUCGACGAAAAGUGAUUGUCAAUGGUUGUACGUCACACAUGAACAGGCCGAUCUGCAGACGAUAUUAGAAUGUCUCGAACAAAGACCGAAGGAUAUCGAUAUGAUUUCGAUUAAGUUCGAAGCGUUUAUUCUCCAUGUCAUUUGUCGAACAUUAGAAUGUGCAAAAGUUCUGCUGAACAUCGCGCUCGAAUGCGGCUAUAGAAACUCAGGUUUAGUUCUAUCAAAUCAAGGGAAAAUCACAUUAGCAGUACGCUCGACGCAUGCACUCGAAGUGCCAAUCGUGAUUGGAAGUUGUUUAUGUGUUGAUCAGAAUUAUAUAACAAAAGUUGUCGGUAUUGCCAACGAAAAAAUGACUGCAAAUCUGGCGAAAAUCGAUAAAUUUAGUCAGUGUGUUACCAAUAAGCUAAGCACGUGA